UUCCUGUAGAGCUGUGAAACUUUUCACUUUAUCGACGGCUUUCUCGUACAUGUUUGGUUUCGAACUCAAAAUGUCUCAAGCUGAAAAACUGAAGCAGGGACAGUUUACAAACCCAGAGACUCCUGGAUAUGUGGGGUUCGCGAAUUUGCCAAACCAGGUACACCGGAAAUCAGUGAAAAAGGGCUUUGAGUUCACUCUUAUGGUGGUGGGUGAGUCGGGUUUGGGGAAGUCCACUCUUAUCAACAGCUUGUUCCUCACUGAUCUCUACCCAGAGAGGGUCAUUCCUGGUGCUGCAGAGAAAAUUGAGCGCACUGUGCAGAUCGAGGCCUCAACGGUGGAGAUCGAGGAGCGCGGAGUGAAGCUGCGUCUCACUGUGGUCGACACGCCUGGAUACGGUGACGCCAUCAACAGCCAGGACUGUUUUAACACCAUUAUCGCAUACAUCGAUGACCAGUUUGAACGCUACCUACAUGACGAGAGCGGACUCAACCGCAGGCACAUUGUGGACAACCGUGUGCACUGCUGCUUUUACUUCAUUUCCCCUCUGGGUCACGGACUGAAGCCUCUAGAUGUCCAAUUCAUGAAGGCCAUUCACAACAAAGUGAAUGUUGUUCCUGUUAUUGCUAAAGCAGAUACGCUGACGCUGAGGGAGAGAGAGAGACUCAAGCGCAGAAUUCUAGAUGAAAUCGAUGAGCACGGCAUCAAGAUCUAUCACCUCCCUGAUGCUGAGUCCGAUGAGGAUGAAGAUUUCAAAGAGCAGACCAGGAUUCUCAAGGCCAGUAUACCGUUUGCCGUGGUGGGAUCCAACCAGCAGAUUGAAGCUAAAGGGAAGAAAGUGAGAGGGCGUUUGUAUCCAUGGGGCGUGGUGGAGGUGGAAAACCCAGAACACAACGACUUCCUUAAACUUCGCACCAUGCUAAUCACCCAUAUGCAGGACCUGCAGGAAGUCACCCAGGACCUUCACUAUGAGAACUUCCGCUCGGAGCGCCUCAAACGAGGCGGCAGGAAGGGUCCAGAGCCAGAGGAAGAUAAGGAUAUAAUCUUGCAGGAGAAGGAGGCUGAGCUGAGGCGGAUGCAGGAGAUGAUCGCUAAGAUGCAGGCGCAGAUGCAGAAGCAGGGAGAUGAAUGAGGCGGCCCACACCUGUGAGAAACCCGAUGCCGAGCUUGACACAGUCAGAACGAGAAGAGGAAGUGAUGCUAAAUGUGGAGAAAGAGGAGAGACAGAUCCUUAGCUCAUCUUGCUUGCCAUUUUCUUAGUUUCUUUCAAUCUUGUAUGAGGGUUUUCCCCCAAAUUUUUUAAGCAGUGUUAACUUUUUUUUUUUUAUAUAUAUAUAUACUGUUGCUAAUAUUCAUUCUUUUUUUCCCUGUUCCAGUAACCAAAAAUGAAGAACUACCAUCAGUAAUUAAGAAAAAAAAGUAUGUUUUUCUUCUGUUACAAGAGCCAAAUUCUACUAUAGAGCAGCUUUAGUAGUAGUGCAGCUCCAGAACACUUUAUCCUGUCUAGCUAAACAACACUGUGAAAAUACAAGCAGCUGUUGAAUUUCAGUGUCACAGUGGCAUUUGUUGCACCAUGUUUUUGGAGAAAUCAUUUUUAUACUGUUUGUAAGUAUUGCCAGAGAGAUUGCUGUUCCUAUUCAGGAGGUUUUUUUUCUCUCUUCCCUGCAUGAAGUCUUGAAAUAUAUUUGCUGUUCAGUUGAAUGGUUCCCUAACGGAUGCAAAACAUUAUACUGUGACCCAUGAAUCAUUCCCUAUGCCGAUUAAUGAAGGAGAACAUAUGCUCAUUUUGCUUAUUUCUAUUUGUACUUGAGUGAAUACUGUCAUGUAUUUACUGUCAGACACAGUUCUGGUAUGAGUGCAAUGUAAAAUUUCCUUGGUGUUUUUACCUUCUUUUGGGAUCUAUGGCUGAGACUUAUUCCUGUGGUUAAAGCAAAUUUCUAUAUCAUAAAUAAUUUCUUUUUCAAAUGUUACAAUGAAAUAAUAUCUGAAAUGUGGGUUUAAAUCUGUUACACAAGCAAACUUAAACAGUUGAGCUUUCCUUUCCAUGUUAGGACAUGAAAAUGGCAGUUGCCCACAAUCCAGUUUUAAUGUUUCGCUUGAAAACUUUCUAUUAAACCAUUAUCGUCUAUCAUCUUAUAAUAAAAUUUUGUAUUUAACAGUU